UGUAUUUUUACGAUUGGCAGCAAUGUAUAAGGGAAAUAUUGAUGUGACUUUAUAAGUGGUGUAUUGAGAUAGACGUAUAGGUUAGAAACUUCUUAUUUAUAGCCAGUAAUACCAGGAGAAAAAAUCUCACGUCCUGGCAUCACUGUUUACAGCCGCUUGAUCAAAGCGUGAACAUUUUAAAGAUAUUUAUUAAUAUAAACGAAUUUGUUAGAAUUAUUAGAAAUGGCAUCUGAUAAAAGUGGUAAUAAAAAGCCAGCACUUCCAGAAAAUGUACAAAUCAAAAUAGAACCAGGAACUUCUUUACCAAUAAAUCUUAAUAAUAUUAAAACAGAACCAGGCGUUGCACCCACGACUACACGAUUAACGUCUUUUAGAUUACCACGUGAUUUAACUUUAGGUGGAAAUAUUAAGACUGAAAAGACGAAGAAAAUUUAUGUACCAAAUUUGAAUACUCAACGAAACAGAAAGAAAGAGGAAACAGCGGUAACUAAAAAUGAUUCUGACAAAUCAGUUAAGCAAAGAGGUAGAGGAAGAGGUCGUGGAUCAUCUGAUCGUGGAAGAGGCAGAGGCAAUAGCAAUCUUAUUCAAACGUCGGGUGUAUUUUCCCAAGGUACAAAUGAUGAAAUUCGUAGAAGGGCCAGAGGAGAAGGAGGAGGACGAUAUAGCUCUGAUAGACAACCUAUAUUAGAAAAACCUGUAUUAAAUUUAAAUCGUGUAAUUAAUAAGGAAGAAGAGCAACAAUUAAAAGAAUUUGAAGAUGAUGACAUUGAUGAAGAUACAAAUGAUGAUGAUACAGAUGAUUUAGGACAGUAUAAUGCUCCUAUUUCAUUGCCCAUAAUAAAAAAGAACAAUCGUUUUAAAACUGAACCUAAAACUGAAAUUAAAACUGAACCUAAAACUGAACCUAAGACUGAAACUAGUACAUUGGAUGAUGAAGAAGAGAUAGAUCAAAAACCAAUCAUUUUAGAAAAUGGCACUGUAAUGAAAGUAAAGAAAGAAAUAAAAAAGGAUAAAUAUGUAAAAAGCGAACCUAUAGAAUCAUUAAAUCUAUGGGACAAUAUUUCACAAAUUGCUGAGAACCCAGCACAUUCCUAUAUGUUAAUGCAGUUUCCUGAGUGCUUACCAGGUUUAGAAGCAAGUAACGAUAAUUAUGAGCCAAAAUCGAAGAUUGCAAAUGAUAAUACAACGCAAGAGAAAGAAAAUCAAAAUAAUUCCAAGAAAAAUUUUACUCUGAGUAGCUUAAAAGCUGGUAUGAUUGGAACAUUACAAAUUUUAAAAUCUGGAAAUGCACGCUUAUGUUUAGGCAAAAGCAAUUUACAUGUAAAUGUUGGAUCUACUCAGAGUUUUCGACAGGAUCUUAUAGCUGCAAAGCUAAACACAGUUGAACUGGAUGGUGAACUCAUUAAUCUUGGAAAAGUUACUAAUACAUUAAUAUGCUCUCCAGAAUGGAAUUCUAUGUUCCUUAACUCCACGAGUGCAUUUGACAACUUAUCUUCUGUAUAAUUACAAAAUGAUGAAUACAAUUCAUCAUUGAAGUUAUAUAUAAGUCAUGUACAGUCUUGUUUAUGUUAGAUUUAGUUUAUAACAAUUAAAGACGAAACCUACUGCUUUUAGAUAUAUUAUUUAAAGCACCAAAAUAUUCAAUGUUUUAU